AGUCAUCUUUUAUAUUUUCAAGGAAUUUUUGCCUAUCUCAACUACCAUGUACCGCAGACUCGAAGAGAGAUUAUUGAAACCUUGUUGAAGGGACUGCAGAGACUAGAAUACAGAGGUUAUGAUUCUGCAGGUGUUGGAAUUGACGGAGGUAAUAACAAGGAGUGGGAAGACAAAGGGAAGCAAGUCUCUAUCAUUAAAAGAAAUGGGAAAAUAAAGACUUUGGAAGAGGAAAUAAACAAACAAGAAGAUGUUGACUUUGAUGCUGAGUUUGAAACACAUUUUGGCAUUGCACAUACUCGCUGGGCAACACAUGGCGUUCCAAAUAUUGUUAAUAGUCAUCCCCAGAGAUCCGAUAAGGACAAUGAGUUUAUCGUCAUUCACAAUGGCAUCAUUACGAACCACAAGAAUUUGCGAAAGUUCCUGGAGAGCAAAGGGUAUGAGUUUGAGUCUGAAACAGAUACAGAAUCGAUUGCAAAACUGAUCAAGUAUGUCCAUGAUAACAGUGAGAAUGAGAACAUCAGCUUUGCCACCCUGGUUGAGAGAGUCAUCCAGCAACUGGAAGGAGCUUUCGCCUUGGUGUUCAAGAGUGUUCAUUUCCCAGGGCAAGCUGUCUGUACCAGAAGGGGAAGCCCUCUGAUGAUUGGUGUAAGGAGCAAUCACAAACUUUCAACAGAUCACAUCCCAGUUCUGUAUCGUACAUGUAAAGAAGUGACAAAAACCUGCCUGGCUUCUCGCACCGAUGACACCUCCUUGUACCCAGUUGGGGAAGAGAAGUCUGUGGAGUACUACUUUGCAUCAGAUGCCAGCGCCAUCAUUGAGCACACGAACCGAGUGAUUUUCCUGGAGGAUGACGACGUGGCAGCGGUGGUCGCGGGCUGCCUUUCGAUUCAUCGGGUAGAACGUACACCAAGCGACUGCCCAGCGCGUGGAAUCCAGACCCUGCAAGUGGAGAUGCAGCAGAUGAUGAAAGGCAACUAUAGUUCCUUUAUGCAGAAAGAAAUCUUUGAGCAGCCAGAAUCGGUGGUAAAUACCAUGAGGGGACGAGUCAAUUUUGAAAAUAACACAGUGAUCCUCGGUGGACUGAAGGAUUCAAUUAAAGAAAUCAGAAGGUGCAGGCGUUUGCUAAUUAUCGCUUGUGGAACAAGUUAUCACACAGGACUGGCGACACGGCAAAUUCUGGAGGAGCUGACAGAGUUGCCAGUCACAGUGGAACUUUCCAGCGAUUUCCUGGAUCGUAGUACACCUGUUUUCCGGGACGACGUGUGCUUUUUCCUCAGCCAAUCAGGUGAAACUGCGGACACUUUAAUGGCCUUGAGGUACUGCAAAGGGAGGCGAGCCCUGACUGUUGGCAUCACCAACACAGUGGGCAGCUCAAUCUCCCGAGAGACUGACUGUGGCGUCCACAUCAAUGCUGGACCAGAAAUCGGCGUGGCGAGUACCAAGUUACCUUCAUGUGAAUUUGAGUCCAAAAUAAUGUUUGCUGUAAUUAUAGUAUUUGAUGAUAAGCCAGUGCUAUUGUGUAAUUCUGAUUACUGUUUUAAUUCCCCCGAUGUUGUUUUUCUAGACCAAAUAAAGGAAGUUCUGAGCUCAGACGAGGAGAUCCAGAGAUUAGCAAGCGAGCUGUAUCAGCAGAAGUCUGUGCUCAUUAUGGGCCGUGGUUAUCAUUAUGCUACUUGCCUGGAGGGGGCGUUGAAAAUUAAGGAGAUUACUUUCAUGCACUCGGAGGGAAUCCUGGCCGGAGAAUUAAAGCAUGGCCCGCUGGCACUGGUGGACCAUCGGAUGCCUGUCAUCAUGGUGGUCAUGAGGGACCCCACAUUUGUCAAGUGUCAGAAUGCAUUGCAGCAAGUGGUGGCACGUCAGGGGCGACCCAUCCUGAUUUGCGAGAAGAAUGAUGAGGAGACCAUGAAGAAUGCUUACCGUGCAAUCAAGGUUCCCCACACAGUGGAUUGCCUGCAAGGAAUCCUCAGUGUUAUCCCUCUCCAGCUUCUAGCUUUCCACCUCGCUGUCCUCAGAGGCUAUGAUGUGGAUGACAACAAGCGACUGAGGAAGAUUGAAGCAGAUUACGUGCCAAUGUGAGUUGGUAUGUAAAUUGUGAGUCUGCAUGAUGGCUAGAGACUGUGUCAAUUUUCUGGGGGCUGAGUACGCCUUACUGGAAACAGGAGCAAUGUUCACAGACAAUUCAGUUUACUCUUAGCUUGUAUUUUUGGGCAACAGGAAUUCUUUUGUCAACAAAAUGUAAUGAAACUUUCAGGAAUACAUUGGCCUCCAUCAUAUGGGGCACAGAAUAGCUUUCUAGUCUAUUAUUUCCUAAUGCUUGGAACAUUUUUAAAAGCUCUUUCAUACCAAAUUGUUUAGCCACUGUAGUGGAGGCAGUAUUUUUAAAAACCUCACUGACAGUGUGAUGAUUUUUGUGAGGCCAACACAAAUGUGCAGCUGGGAAAUGGAAUUGUGUUUACGGCAACUUCCUCCAUUUAAAUUAUUGCUAGAUUUUUGCUUUUAGUUCCUUGUUUUCCCACUGCUGUUUAUUUUUCACGCUGAGGAGCAUGGAUGACCUCCAGUGACAUUUGAAUAAACAUAGGAAUGCUGAAAUGGGACGUCAGAGAGUUGUACAGCAUGGAAACAGACCCUUUGGUCCCACUCGUCCAUGCUGACCAGAUAUCCUAAAUUAAUCUAGGUCCAUUUGCCAGCAUUUUGAAAUCAAGAGGUCCUUGGUGAAAGUUGGUUCCUGGACAGAGGGUGUCAAUCUCCUCCAGUCAAUGAGGACUUUAUCCGUGCAGGAAAAUUGUGGGGAGUACAAGCUCAAAUUCAUUGAUAAUGUGCUCCUGCCUGUAAGACUUCACACCAGGAGACCAGAUUCAUAAAGCUGCCUCCUAAUGCUGAUAAAUCUACACCCCUAGAAUGCAUGACAUAACUCCCAAAGUUUUUCUGUAGAUUUAAAAUUCCUUUUUAUUUUGUUGACCUGCAUUUAUACUGAUUUUAAAUCUAUCUUGCUGUUCACUCUCUGAACACUGGAAAGCGUACUGCAUUAAUAUACAGAUUGUCCUUGGGGAAAUAAUCCACAGAGGGCUUUUGAUAAAUAUUCCUUUGCUUCUGCCACUGCCUCAUGUAACGCACUAACUAUUAACCCUUCUUUGCCCUUCCUGCAAAUGGUAAUUCGAAUUUUAUAGAACUUCAUUUCAAAGUUUUGGCAAAGAUCUGUAGCUCGGGUUGUGGGUGAGGUUGUAGACUUGCUCACCGAGCUGGCUUGUUGUCAUUCAGACGUUCUAUCACCAUGCUAGGUGACAUCAUCAGUGAGGCCUCUGACGAAGCGAUAUUAUUCUACUCCACUUGGAAUUUAUACUGUUUGGUCCGUUAUGGAGAGUAGUGUCAUUUCUGGUCUUGAUCUGUGUGGGUUGUAUAUGGGCUCCAAUUCAGUGUGUUUGUUGAUUGCAUUAUGGGUGGAGAACCAUACCUUUAGGAAUUCCUGUGCGUGUCUAUGUUUGUAUUGGGCUACUAUGGUUACUUUGUCCCAAUUAAACUGAUGGUCUUCAUUGUCUGAGUGUACCGAUAUUAAGGAGAGUUUGUCGUACCAUUUUGCUGCUAGCUGAUGUUCAUGUAUUCUGAUGGCUAGUUUCCUUCCAGUCUGUCAUAGUAACCAUAGUAGCCCAAGCCAAACAUGGACAUGCACGGGAAUUCCUAGAGGCAUGGUUCUCCACCCAUAAUGCAAUCAACAAACACUCAGAAUUGGAGUCCAUAUACAAACCCACUCAGAUCAAAACCGGAAAUGACACUAUUCACCAUAAUGGACCAAAUAGUAUAAUUCCAAGCACUUCAUCAAAGGCUCCACUGACAAUGUCACCUAGCAUGGUGACGAAACAUCUGAACGAGAACAAGCCAGCUCGGUGACCAAGUCAACCACCUCAGAAUUUCAUUUAUCUUUAUGUUGUUAUCAUCAAAAUGGCAAUUUAUUGACCUCUUCCUAACUCUGACCUCCUUUAGUGAAGCCAGAAGAAUUAUCUCUCAGCCUGCAUAAUUGAGGGAUUCCAAAUUAACAAAUACUGUGUUAACCACUACCUUAUAACAGUCGCGAAUACUGGACAGGCCUCCUUUCCUUGCUUUGGGAGGGGGAGCAGGGACAGUGCCUUGAGAAAGUCAGUCUUCAUGUCUGUUAGAAACCUCAACCUGCCUAAUCUCUCCACCUCCUCCAGCUACUUCCCUUCCUCUUCCAUUUGCACUGGGAAUGGGUGCCUCCAACCUCCCCCCAGUGCUUGUGGUACAUUGCACAAGGGAUCACCCUUCUGUUGGCUGACUAUCCACUGGUUAGUCCACUGCCCCAGUCAGUCAUGUCUGCAUUCUGUAAUCACGAAUGCCUUUGUGAGCGGGCGCUAGAACCCUGGUUAACAUUGCCUAACCUCCUGCACACCGCCCUUUCUGAUACUAUAGAUAACAUUCCCUAAAAUCAGUAGAAUGACAGUAAUACAUCAUCCACACAAACUAACAACAUAACUGGAACAGAGUACUCCUACCAUUAUCUGACACUUGCACCCAGCUACAUCUUAACACAAAGCAGGACAAAGCGCUCCAUCCACCUGCUUAAACAUUCACCCCCUCCACCACCAGUGCUUAGCAGCAGCAGUGUGUGUCACAUCGAUAAGAUACACUGCAGCAAUUCACCAAAGCUCCAAUGACACUGCCUUCCAAAUAUAUGUAGAAUCAUAGGGUCCCUAAAGUGUAAAAAGAGGCCACUUGGCCCAUUGUGUCCACACUGACUCUCUGAAGAGCAUCCCACCCAAUCCCCAUAUAAUCCCACAUUUACCCUGGCUAACCCACCUAGCCUGCACAUCCCUGGACACUAUGGGGGAAUUUAGCAUGGCCGAUCCACCUAACUUGCACAUCUUUGGAUGUUCUGCUUGCUUGGUGGGACAAAGUAGGUGCAAGUACCAUCGCCUGCAAGUUUUCCUUAACCUCACACUGCAUCCUGAAUGAGCAUAGAUCACCGUUCCUUCAUUGCUGGGCCAGAAUCUUGCAACUCCCUCCCUACAGCACUAUGGUUGUCUCUACACCAACUGGGCUAUGGUGGUUCAAGAAGGCAGCUCAUUGCCACCUUCUCAAGGGCAAGCUAGAAUCUUUAAUCAAUUCCUGCUUUACCAGUGAUGCCCACAGCCCAAGGAUGAAUAAAUUUAAAAAGUAAUACAGUUGUCAGGCUUUCUACUUUUUAAAAACCAUCUUGAGAUCCUUUCUUUCCAUUUUUCUCUUCUAAUUUCCAAUUGCAGUCCAUUCCUCACUAUCCUUUUAUGAGGGCCAUCCUCCUUGAUCUUUUAAUUCAUGCUGUCUGACUCGAGGUCAAAUUCUCCCACAAACUCCUCUCAAUCUCCAACAGUUCUACAUGGUUACAGUCUCAAUUUUGUACUCCCAGAUUAAAUUCACAUCUUCGCAACAUGGUAUGAUGUAAUACUGUGACGAUGCAAAUUAACAUACUUCUGGAAAGGCUUUGCCCUUUUUCCAGAAUGUUGGAAUUCUCUAGAGCCAAUCUGGAUAUUUUACAUACAGUAGUGAAUUUGUUAAACUAUCUCUGAUGUGCAUUAAGAACAUGAACUUUACACGUGGCACAUCACUAUAAUAAGAAGGAAAUUGAGAUUUUUUUUUGCUGAUUGCAGUUUCGCAGAGAGCGGUGGAAGUCUGUAGUUUUUUCUGCAUCUAUAGCUCCCCAUUCCCCUGGCAGCUGAGGGCCUGGGGCCAGUUGUCUUUUUGUGCUGUGAAGCAAAUGAGAGUUGCUGGCCUACAGUAACAGGGGAACAGCAAGUCUGAAUUGUAGUGUGUAGUGCCUACAAACAAAACCAGGGGGUAACAACAGGCUUGGCGUGGAGUCUAGGGUUUCUGAGAGUAGAGUGUUGUAUGGAGCCUGUCAAGUUUGUUCCACAAGCAAAUUCUUCUCCCAGAAGCAUAUCCUGGCUUGCUUUCUCUAGUAUUUUAAUCCCUGUUUAAAAAGGGUUCUCAAUUUACCGAUUGGAAUCACCAGGUUAUAAGGAGGAUAGAGUCACUCCUUGACUAGAAUAUUUUUUGGCUGCUUUUGAACUUUAAUUUUUCUCUCUUAUGGAGGAGGCUAAUGCCAUUACACUUGAACUUGUGUUUGUCUAAAUCCACAAAGUUUGAGAGUAGGGGGUAGCUGACACGUAGCAACUCUCUGCUUGGGGUGCAUUGUAUGUACACACAACUGUAAAGGAGGUGGGUUUGUGUAUUUUUCUCAACAAUGUGGAUGGCUUUGUAAGCUCAAUUUAAAUAAAACUUUAGAAUCCACCA